GCCUUGUAGUGCGCUUUGAAGCUUUCAGUUCGCGGGAAGUUUCCUCGCAACCGCGACCAACUCUACAUUUUGGUAUUUUUGCAAUAGUUAGCCCUUACUAACAUCAGCAGCCACGUUUCCAAAAUGGCUGCAAGACCACAACCACCUUCCCAGUUCCCCAAUACUACGCUCAUAAACCUUAACCGGCUUCUCUCGCGACUCGAACAUAGCCUAAUUUCCCCAGACUCGCCCUCGAGCUUCCGAAAAUCGGGCCAUGAACGAGCAAAAGUUGGCGCUAACAUCGAACAUGCACGAAUGUUACUCUUAAAUCUCGAACACUCUGCCGCAACCAUCCCCUCCAGCAAGUCGAAGAAAUCCGCCCUCCAAGCCGAUCUCCAGCAGAAGCGCGAACUCAUUAAACAGCUCAACCAGCGAUUAUACGAGCUGAACCAAUUAGACGAUUCAAGCUUAGAAGUGUCGGCAGACUCGGAUGAAGAAGACGAAGACCGCUUUCCCUCUUAUGCGCCACGGGUGAAAGAAGAGGCUGGCAUUGAAGUUAGCAGGGCUGGCGGUGGCGGCCAUGAAGCAUUACAGGAAGCGGCAGAGAAUCUCGCAUCAGAGCUGCGAUCACGGCGGGGUGGAGGCGAGAAAGAUGGACGCGCGACGACAACAGGCACAUCAUUGUUCCCCUCAAAACCUUCAAGGACGACGGGUGAUCCGUUGCCCAUGCACACCGAAGCAAUACUGUCGCAUAAUCGUACGGAGCAGGAAGCUUUGACGUCGAGUCUGAUAGACAUGGCAAAGCAGCUGAAGCAACAGUCAAUGCAUUUUGGGAGUACAUUGGAAUCAGACAAAGGGAUCCUGGACCGUGCUAUUGACGGCCUGGAUAAGAAUACACAGGGCAUGGACGCAGCAGGAUUCACUCAUCUUACUUCCACCCAUCCGCUAACGCCCACAUUCAUUAUGUCCAUUGCUAUGAUGCAAUUGGGGGCGCGCGCCCUCAACCACUCCUCCAGCGAUACCGAAGCCGAAUACGAUCGACUCCGGGACCUUGCACGACAAGAAGCCGCAAAACGAUCAUCAUGUUUCGACCGGGCACACGCAGCAUACGCCUCCGGCGACGGCGCGCUCGCACACACGCUCAGCGAAGAAGGCAAAUCACACGCCGCUAAAAUGGACGCCUACAACAGGGAAGCGCGCGACUUCAUCUUCCGCGAAAAUAAUGCCGAGGGCCGUGUCGCAGGCGAUACGAUCGAUCUGCACGGGCUGUUUGUCGAGGAAGCGGAGGAGAUCCUAGAGCAGAGGAUUAAGGCGGCGAAGGAGCGGGGUGAGACUCAUUUACAUGUUAUUGUGGGAAAAGGGAAUCACAGUCGCGGACAUGUGCAAAAGAUUAAACCGGGGGUAGAGCAGGUGUGUCGAGAGUUGGGGUUGCAGUAUGUGACUGAGGAGAAUGAGGGCAGGAUGUUCAUCAACCUCCAGGGUGGACCUGCGCACAUGCCGCCCCCUCCGCAUGCGCCGUCGUAUGGCGGGUAUCCUGGAGGCCAGCAACAGCACCACGGUCAGCAACAGCACCACGGUCAGCAGCAGCAAGGCCAGAACGAUGAAGUGGAGCAGCUGGUUAAGAAGGGCUUGCCGAAGCUGUUUAAGGCGCUAAAAGGUUGUUGUGUGGUUAUGUAGACACCGACUGCAACGCUGCAUCCUCCAGGUGUGGCAAGCACCGAGGCACCGCAGUAAAGUUCGGAGCAUAUACCCAGGCGCGGAAUCUAGACACCCGGUAGAAUAAUAUCACGCG